UUAUGUACGGUUUACGGCAAUAGUAAUUCAAAAUGGAGUAACCAGUAAAACAUCAAGAAACCUUAUCUUACUAAUUUGUCGCUAGGUAAGGGCAUUAUCUUAAUCUCUAAGUUUAUAAAUAUUUGUUGUAUCACUGGUUGUCAGUAUGGCUGAUAAGAAACCAGACUCUUUCCAUUACUUCAUGAGUUACGAUGAUCUGAGUGACAGUAGCGAUAGUAGCGAUUCUGAUAUAGGGGGCCAGAAGAAAUCGAGAGGAAAGGGGGAUGGCGAAGCCUCUGGAAGCGGCAACAAAUCUCCCCAACACGCAACCAAACGCGGUGCCAGUGGAGUUCCUCUGCCCAAACCCGACGAACUCUUUAAGUCAGUGUCCAAGCCGUCCUUUUUGUACAACCCGUUGAAUAAACAGAUAGAUUGGGAGAGCCGCGCCGUGAAAGCUCCAGAAGAGCCUGCCAAGGAGUUCAAGGUGUGGAAGACUAAUGCGGUGCCCCCUCCGCAAGCCUACGCCACAGAAGCAGAGAAGCCCAAAAAGGGAGCUCCCCCAGGGAUGGACAUGGCCAUAAAAUGGUCCAACAUCUAUGAGGACAAUGGGGAGGACGCGCCACAGCUCCACACAGGCAAUGCUAUCUUCCUGCCAACAGAGGAAGACCCAUCCGACUCAGACGAGGACAAAGACAAGAUGUCAGCUUCAGCUAAGAAGCGUAGGGUAGAAAGCUUCCAACAGAAGGAGAAGAGGAAGAGGGAUCUGGGCCAAGCUACCUCUGACAAGAGCUUUGUAGAAGAAGAGAAGAGGAUCCUCAGGCAGAAUGUGGAGUGAUACCUAGAUCUGGUGUGAAGCCUGGGCUUUUUGUCUGGGUCUGGGUCACAGUCUGGGUGCACUGAACCUCAGUGACUGUUCUACUGCUCUGCCUCAGACACGCACCUCUCUCUGUGUCCUGCCCCUGGUUAUGUAAAUGGUCCAGUGCUUGUCUACCCAGGACACCUUAUAGAUGUUAUUGUUAUGAUAUGAAACAUUUGGACUGUUCUUCUUAAUCCCUUGUAUAUUUUUGAGAGGCAUCCUUAAACAGACACACACAUUGCUGAGUUUGGUUCUGUUUUUUUGUAAAUAGACAACGAGCUGACCUGCAUAUUAGGUUCAGUUUAGAUAAAUAUGAAAGAGCCACUCCGGUCAUAUGACCAUUCAUCUGAAAUGUCCCACUAUGUAAACCAAUCAUUGAAGUGCUCCUGAGCCUCUUUAUAACAGGAAAUGUGAUUGAUGGUGUGAUAUCUGAGACAGGGUGAGGUCACUGAGGAUAUUGUGGUUUUAUAGGAGCUUGGCAAUUCUGAAUGGGCUGAUCAUGUGACCGGAGUGUACCUUGGACUGAUUUGAGGGAAAUCUAAAUGUGUUCAUAUGUUUAGAUCUUGAGCAAAUGUAUUUUACAUAUGGUAAUGUUUAUUUUUUAAUAGUAACAAAAAGUAUGUUAAAGACAUUAGAUUAUCUCCUAAUGUAUCUGGUCUUGAGAUUUCAAUAUGAAAUGGUCAAGAAAGAUGUUAAUGGAGUAAGUCAAACCUAGCUAUUAUUAUUUCCUUGUCGAACCAAAUCUACUAGAUGGCGCCAUUGUACCACAUUUGAUACACACUAUUUUAACGGGUGGUGAAGAUUUACUUGGAGUUGUAGUAACUCAUACUGCCUUGCCAUGUAUUUUACUGUGUAUACAAUGUGUUAACCACACACUGACAGUUUUAUUGUCAGUUUUGUAGUGAAUUCCAUGAACAACAUGCAAUAAAUGGAAUAAUUAUAGAAUA